AUGAUACACUGGAAGGACCCGUUCAUCACCUUCACCUUCCCCAACAAGGUGAUCUUCACCAUUGGCUCCCUGGUGCUCUUCUCCAUCCACGCCGGCAUCAUCAUCGGGGACCUCUACCACUUCCUCAUCUCCCAGAGGGGGGACCUCAUGAGCUUCCGCUUCACCCUCGUCCUCCUGUUCUCCCACGUGACCAGCUUCUACUGGGCCUUGCUGGCCACCAUCUACACCUUACAAGCGGAAGACAGCGUCCUCAUGUUCUUUGCUUUGACCUCAAUUGCCUUGAACUUUGGCCUCUUUCUGACCCGAUUCUGCAUGGACUACUUGACCAUUGACUACCGAGAGGAGCAAUACUAAGAAAGAACGAGAAAUGGAAGCCGAUGGGUCCGAUUCGCCGAGAGGAGAUUUUUAAUAGAAUGUCAACAAACAAGGCGAUGUCC